GGUUUUCUCCGCUGCCCAGGUCCACGAGGUCUCCUAUAAACGGGGGCUGCCGCUCCAGCGCUGCACAAUAAUACUCUUCUCUCUGUCUCUCAGAGCCGAAAACUUGUCUUGAUUUCGCUUUCUCGUCAAAGGAACCGGGAGCCCUGGAGAUUGACCCUGAUUACUACCCCUUUCUGCAUAUAAAAAACUGAGAUUCUUCCCAUUGUUCUUGUUCUCAACCUUAAAACGCCACACAGGCAGCCAAAAUGUCCAUUGCAUCUCUUCCCGUGGAAUUGAUCUCAAAGAUAUGUAACCAUCUAGAUCCCCAGCAAUGGGUCGCUCUGAGGUUAUCAUGCCGCGCAUUGUACGAAAACUCACUUGAGAAUUUCGCGGAAACCUAUUACAAAAGCAUCCGUUUCAUUGUGACAAGCGAAAGUCUCCACGAAUUGGAAGAACUAUCCAAGUCAACUGGUCUCCGCGAGCACGUCCAAGAGCUUUGGAUGAUACCAACCGUGUUCAGUGGCACUGAAAAGCCCAUCGGCAUGGUAUCUAUAUCAUCAAAAAGCUGCCGACAAGUGAAAGGCGACGGGCUGAAUACGCGACAUGCCGUUCACAAAGCGAUGAUCGUGGAUAAUUCCAACCUGCUGAAAUCAGAAACAUUCAGUGUUCGACUUCGGGAAUGCAUGGAUCGAUUUCAAAACCUCCAAACAAUAGGACUCGCACAUUACAGCACGGAAUUUUUGCUUGAUCCACGGCAGCAGACAGUUUCAUUCCUGGGAAGGCGACAAAUGAUGAGCCAACUUGAUUUUCGAUUCGAUGUUUACAGCCUGCAAUCCUUGACCCACACCAAUAAGAACAGUCAGAUAAGGAAACUGAACUCUUUGGCAUUAUCGAAGCUUUUUCUUGCGUUAUGUGGCUCAAGCUGCAAACCCCGAAAGCUAUAUACCUGCGAUUCUAAUUUCUGUGGUGAUAUCGGCCCCAAAAUUGCCCUCCCUGAAGAACAAUUUGACACUCUACUGUCUGCUUUAAACAGCCUAGAGGAUCUUCAUUUAUGUAUUGAUCUCAAUGAGGCCGCCUGGCUGAAGCUUAUCACGAACCUUGCACCUCAGUUGGAAAGACUGACUUUGUCGCAAGAUCAUAUGCCUGCCUAUCCUGCAAAAAGCUACGUUGGGAACAUGUUCCAUGGAAUUAACUUCACUCGACUCCGGGAGCUUCAUAUUCAUGAGCUAGAUAUCUAUUUCAACUCCUUAAAAUCACUAUUGCUUGGUGUAAAGAAAAAUUUGGUCAUUCUUACACUUGAGCGAGUGACAUUACGUAGUGAGGAGUUGAGAGCUGCAGAUGAUUCUGCUUUGCAACACAAGGAAUCCCCCAACCACCAAGAAAAUCAAAGCUCUACCCCGUUAAUGCCUACCUACACACCUGACGGCCCUGGAUUUGUUCCCACUUCACCAGGCUUUCAUCCAACAUCGCCAUCGUAUGGACCAACAUCGCCGUCGUUUGUACCAACAUUGCCAUCCAUUCAGCCAACACUGCCAUUAUUUUCACCAACGUCGCCAUCAUUUCAACCAACAUCGCCAUCGUACACACCAGCUCCGCCGCCAGCAGCCGAACCGGAACUACCAGAAAGCGUUCCCCCAUCCCCACAACAUUCCUCGAUUUCCGAAUCAUCUGAGCCAAUGACAAAUGAAUAUCUAAUGGCAAACCGGUCAUCCAUUUAUCACCCAUAUUCUCCACCUGAACUUGCUGGUUCAGUCUGCCCGACCUUGGAAACCCGAAUGGCAUGGAAACGCAACGAACAAAAGGUGACUUGUGUGUCUAGCCUUUUAGACAUUUUACAGAACGAGCUAUCUCUAGAAAUACUCUCAUUGGAAGAUAUUGUCUGUGACGGCAAUUAUUAUUAUUUCAAAAGAGUCAGCGAUGGAAUCGAACAAAGUGGCCGAGUGGAUUUUGACAUUCGCAGCGCUGGUAUUUUGUUGAGAGAAUGGAUUUCCGAUUUGAGGCCAGAGGCUUCCUGUCCGGGAUAUCGCAUUCUAGGCCUAAAGGAAUACGAAGAAAUGGAGGAUUGGUUCGACAAAAUGAUAGGAAAGGACAGCGGGUCAUUCAAUAGGUUGGACUGUGACUGCAAAAAAAAAGAGAAGUCGUUGUGGAGAUGUCCAUUUGGAUGUCAUCGAUAUUAGGAACAUUUGAAUAAGACAUCUUACACGUACCACACCGACUGUACAUUGUGACACACUUCCAGAGUCUCAAUUUCCUCGAACAUUGAAUCUUAUACUAGUAUUGAGAGCACGAAAAACAAAAUGAUCCUCAUGCAUGUGAGGAUAUGUCUCAAUUUCAAAGCAAGUAAAUAGUUGACAUCGAUAGUCCUAUACGUAUAUAGUACCUAAGUACAUAUCCACAAUCCAUGAUU